AUGCCUAUCAACCUACGCAGGUACUCGACAAAGGCCGUGCUGCAAGACUUCCAAGAUGACGGCGUCGUGUACGUUGAACUUCGGACCACCCCAAGAGCGAUGCCAGCAGCAGGUUUGAGCAAGGAUGACUACGUGAAGACCAUCCUCGACAUCCUGAAUGCACAUAACGAGAAUGCCUCCAACGCCAUGCGAGCGUUUUUGAUCCUUUCUGUUGACCGCCGCAACACGCUUGCCGAGGCCCACGAAGUUGUCGACCUUGCCAUCAAGUACAAGUCUUCCAGCGUCGUGGCUGUUGAUCUGUGUGGUGACCCAACCAAAGGCGAUGUGCGUAUAUUUGCCGACGCAUUUGCACGAGCCAAAACAGCCGGUCUGAAGAUUACACUGCAUUUUGCUGAGACGAAGCUGUCGGGUUCUGACGAAGAGCUUUCCACGCUAUUGUCUUGGAAGCCAGACCGGCUUGGGCAUGUCAUACACGUCAAGGAAGAGUAUCGAAACGUCAUUGAGAAGGAAAACAUUGGCGUCGAACUGUGUUUGAGCUGCAACGUGCAAGCUAGGAUGAUCAUGGGUACUUACAGUGACCACCACUUCGGCAUGUGGAGGCAAAGCAGCGUGCCAAUUGCCCUCUCUCACUUUGGACUUACUCGCGACGAUAUCAAGGUACUGUGCGAGCGAGCAAUUGAUUCAACAUUCAACGGACCCGACGAGAUGUUGCGUCUCAAAACACUGCUCGUUGAGUGGAAUGGCUGGAGGGCUUGA